AUGCGCAUCCCAUACGUCCCCAACCCACCCAUCACCACCGAUCCGGACGAGCAAGCAAUCAUAAAACGUAUCCAAGACCGGCGCUCCCCACGGCCCCUCCAAUCCCUCGACCUAGCUCUCCUACACUCACCCCCGGUCGCCGACGGCUGGAACUCCUUCCUCGGCGCGGUGCGCACCAAAACCACUCUCCCCGACGAUGUGCGCGAGCUCGCUAUCUCACGCGUCGCCGUCUGCAAUCGUGCCUGGUACGAGUGGGGCCACCACGCGCCGCUGGCGGUGCAGGCUGGCGUCAAGGAAGAAGCUAUGGAGCUGUUGAAGCGCACGGACUUGGGGGGUGUCAAGGAUGAGGAGAGGGAGAAGGCUGGCCUAGGGGAGAGGGAGUGGGUGGUGGUGAGGGUGGCGGAUGAGAUGACGCGGAAUGUGGAAAUUAAGGAGGAGACGUUCGAGGAGCUGAAGAAGUGGUUUGGGGAGAGGCAGGUCGUGGAGGUGGUGGCAACGGUUGCGGCGUAUAAUUGUGUUUCGAGGUUUUUGGUGGCGCUUGAUGUCGGGGAGAGGAACGGGACGGGUCCGGAUGCUGGACACUAG